CCACUCGUGACGCGGCGCGGGGUGGGUGCGGAGGGGGCUGGGUCGCUGUGCGGGGGCAGAGCCGGAGGGAGGGAGCUGGCGGGGACCGAAGUACAGCGCCUGUCACAGCCCGGUCCCGCACUCACACUCGCUGCGAGGCGUGGCGUGGCGCGGCGUGGCGGGGACCUGCGUGCGCUCGCGCGGAGAACACGGCUUGCACGCCGCGGAGGCAGCGACGCUUCGCGUGGCCGAUGGGGCAGCAGGAGCAGUCCGGGCUCAGUGGCUCUCGGUAGCGCAGCUGGUGCACAAGCCCCAACGUCUGCCGUUUGCCAAGCGGAAGUUACAGGCAGUAGGAAGUCUGGGGGCGAAAAAAAAAGAAGUUAAGAAACUGAAGAAGGAGAAAAAAAAGUCCUUCAACCGUGUGACAAGUUCACAAGAAAACAAAACCCUCUCCCGGGGGGAACGGAAGGAGAUGGAUACGCACGUUAAAGAAGGCCAACUCUACGUCCAGCACCAGAAGUUUGGCAAGAAAUGGAAGAAGAACUGGUUUGUGCUGUACCCGGCCAGCCAGAACGGCAUCGCCCGGCUCGAGUUCUUCGACUGCAGCAACGCCAACGAGAAGCUGAACACCAAGAAGCUGGACAAGAAGAUCAUCCGCCUGUCGGAGUGCAUCAGCAUCCUGCCGGCGCUGACCGAGACCUGCCCCAAGGACAACAUGAUGGCCUUCUGCGUGGAGACCAACGACAAGACCCACGUGUUCGCUGCUGAGAAGCAGGUCAGCACGGAGUGGGUGGACAAGAUGUGCGAGAUUGCCUUCCAGGGGAACUGUGGGAUGGAGUCGAACAGCCCGUCGGACUUACAGAUGGCAGAGAACCUCAUCUACUACUCCAGGGAGGAGGUGAACGAGUUCUGGGUCAGCACCCAGAGGACGGAGGCGUCGGAGCGCUGUGGGCUGCAGGGCUCGUACUGCCUGAAGGCUGACAACAACAGCCUGGUGCUGAAGGACCCCAAGACCAACAAGAGCCUGUUGAUCUGGCCGUACAAGCUGCUCCGCCGAUACGGCCGGGACAAGGUGAUGUUCUCCUUUGAGGCUGGGCGCCGCUGCGAGUCCGGGCCGGGCAACUUCACCUUCGAGACCAAGCAGGGCAACGACAUCUUCCAGAUCGUAGAGGCGGCCAUCCGGGAGCAGAAGGCGCAAGCGGAGGAGAAGCACCAGAGCUGCCCGUCGCUGGACUCCGACAGCCCGGCCAUGCAGCAGAUCUGCAGCGCCAUUGCGGAGGCCUGCCGGGGGGGUACCCCUCAGCUCCUUGAGCCCGAGAGCGACUCGGGCGGCAGCAAGCCCAGCUCCGCGGAUGGCGUCUUUGGCAAGAGGGAGGGUCGGCCCCCAGAGGAGGGCAAGACGCUGAAGACCCGCAGCCUUCCAGACCCCCCUGGCCUGGCCAGCAAGUCCCCUGCCUCCGUCACGCCCCCCCGCUCCCCGCUGUCCCGCGGCCCCAAGAGCGCCGCCCUGCUGGAGGACCAGUGCAGCCUGUACUCGGAGCCCAUGGACUCCGUGCGGCUGCCUCUGCCCGCGGCCGAGGCUCUGUACUCGGACCCGGUGGACAGCAUCAAGCCGCCCACCCCCUGCCCCCGCGUCCGCGCCACCGUGGAGGAGGGGCCGCCCAGGCCGGGGAAGACGGAGCCGCUGUACUCCGACAUCUACGACCGGGUGAGCUUCGACCUGGCCCAGCGCGCCGGCGGGAUCAGCCUGGACGGCCGGCCCCGGAACGGGGGGGGGCGGGCAGCCGGGGGCAGGGAGGAGCACAUCUACGACGAGCCGGAGGGCCGAGCCCCCCACAGCGCGGUGCUGUAUGACGAGGCGCGGCUGGAGGCCAACGCCUGGAGGAAGCAGGGCCUGGAGGAGCUCACGGGGCACGAGAUCCCCUACAACCCACACAUGGACGAUUACUCCGUGCCCACCUUUGGCAAGCAGCCCCCCCCUCGCAGCAAGGGGCCCAAGCCUCUCCCGGCCCCCAAGCCCAGCAAGGUGGCCCUGCCUCGGGAACUGCGGAAAGAGCCCGUGCCGCUGCCGCAGGCCAAGGGCGCCGCCAACCUCAACAACAACAACAGCAGCAGAGACAGGGACCUGUACAGCCAGGUCAUGAAACACAAGCCUCCCAGCAGCGUCUGCCCUGUGGACUCGGCCCUGGGCUCGCCUGACAUUAUCUACGAUAACCUAGGGGAAAUUUAGACCCCCCUUCCUCCUCGCUCAAGGAAGACUCGCCCCUCUGAACCUCCUCCUGUAGGGACCCCCACAACGGGGAUGUGCAGGCGGGGGGCUGGCAAAGCACCUGUCCAUAGGGUGACCGUUGGGCUCAUUGCAUUACUAGUACCCAAAUGAUCCGAUUAUCCCAUCCAGAUAACCUGAAAUAAACCAGGGUUUGACAACACGGUUGGGUUGCUUGAUUCCUACAAGCUGCGCCCCUGGAAGUGAGAAAGUAUGGUCUCUACGAAUCUACGUAAUGGCAGAAUAUGUCGAUGAAUGUGUGCAGCGGUGAGUGGGCCCUGCGUACAGCAUGCUGAGGCUGCACUCCAGCCCCCCCCGCAGACGCACAGCAGCCCCGCGCCUCAGGGCAGCGCAGUGACGCACGGCAGCCCAUCCCUCCAGCAGGACUGGAACUUGGACAGCGUCCUGGAAACUCGCCCUCGCCGUCUUUUCUUUCUCCAGGACCAGCAUGAGCUGCUUUGAUUUUGACCAUUUUCUUUCCUUUUUUCCUGAGUGAUUAAACAUUCUGAUUAAAAAAAAAAAACUUACAAGUCUUGUUAACUGCACUGCAGGUUCAUACUUCUGUUGGGGACUACAGACAGGAUUGAUGCAUGAUGGCGAGACUGAGCUUGCUGGAGGGCUGUUGCCCUUGACGCAGUCUCUGGCCUGACGUUGGAUUGUCUCAUUUCCGGGAAGCCCUCAGCCCAGCAGGUUUUACUGUACCACGAGGUGUUGUGAAACCAUCAGAAACCAUCACCAGCAUGGUAACAACACUAACAAGCACUGAGGGCAGUAGCUCCUAGCCUUGUUCCAUGCCGCAUAAAAGUGCUCCUUUUUGAGCUAACGAUAGGCUUUUCUGGGCAAACAUUAACUCUUUUCCACAGCACAGCUUUAGACAACCUUGAAUCAUCUGGUGCACAAGACGAGGGAUCCCAGACCUGACAUGUCUGCUUCUGUGCAGAACAAGAAAAUCAUGCAGCAUCUGAAAGCUAGAGGACAGCACAAGACCCCUGGCAUGUUUACAGCUGCCCAGAUAAUCUGGGGCCCUGAAUUACAUUUUAAUUUAUUUUUUUAAAUAAACCCAAUGACUGUCAAUUAACUCAAUAAAAUAAAUAUUUUUGACAAAAUAAUAAAUGCAAAUUGCUCCUGUGCAAGUUAUGCAAGUGAAUUUAAUCAAAGCUGGAUUUUAAAUCAUGUUUGGGAAAAAAAUUGUAAUUUUUUUUCUGGAUCCAGUCUCUCAUUUGCAGCUGUAGACCAUCUGUUUAGCUGAGAAUACAUGACAGAGAAGGUGUUUGUCCUGUUGUUUGGCCGACUUCGCAAACUGGUUUUCUUAGAUCGUUGCUUUAGACUUUCAAUGCCAAAUUGAAAGAUUUGACAUGUGGACUAACUUGAGCCAGUUAGUCCUGUCGGGAAGAACAACCUGAUCCAUCCUGUGCUUUGAGAGGGCAGGCUUUGGAACGUACAGUAAGCUGCGGGCUGCUUUGCUUUUACAGGUAAAACUGUGAUCACUGACUGGUUGGAAAGUUGAAAUAAUAAAGAGAAACGUGAGGAGAUA